GUUUGUUCAGAUGAGCGUUUUAUCGUUAUAUGUGCUGUGCCCACAGUCAUUCUCUGUGGAUAACGAAACCAAUGCGUGUGCUACUGAUUCUCAUUUCUCUUUUCAUUACAGUAAGCACACUAGAGUGCCAUGUUGGCUGGUCCAUUCUACCAGGUUCAAAUAUAGGAGAAGAAACCAAGACAUGCGGGAAGAAUUCGGAUUAUUGCUACAACGCAACGGCUCAAAUCUACGUUUUCGCCAAUUUCCAGAAAGCGGGCUGCAACACCCUAAUCUGUCAAUAUGUGAUGGAUAGAUGCGUCGAGUACACGCUCCUCGGCAUUCCGAUGAGGAUGUGCUGUUGCAAAAACGAGAAUUAUUGCAAUAGAGGCCCAAUGCUGGGUUUUCAAGGUGUGCAAGCCACCACCUAUCCUGUCACAUACAAGGACGAAGACCUGCCACCAGUCACGGAAACUUUGUAACAACACUAACUGUGCACAAUGCAAAUGUUAUUACAUUCGUAUAACAAAGAUAAGUAGAAACCUUAUUUACUAAUCACAAAAUGUGGUCUCUUGCCCUUUCACUUGCUAUACUUUGGUAUAGGAGAGUGAAAGGACAUGGGUACCGAAAAACGACUAUAUGAUUUUUUGUUUUCCUCGCAACCUUACCCUAAUUGUUAUGUUCUACGCUCUUACGACUUCCUCUGCUGCUUGACUACAUGUAUACAUUGAUUUGUAAGGUACUGGUGUUCGGAAAGUGAGCCAGUACUUGACUUGUAUCUAAUCACGCAGAACUACUUUGUCGUACCAUCACCUCGCUUUCUUGUUGUAUUUUUCUCUUCAAGGUAUCACGUUUACAAAUUC